AUGCCAACCCACAGACGUGGAAACCUCUCGACGGCCGCCUUGCAAGGGUUUUUGCUGGAGGGAUUUGAGGGUGGCCUGGAGACCCAGGCCCUGCUCUUUGCCGUGUUCCUGGCUCUGUAUAUGGUGACCGUGCUGGGCAACCUCACCAUGAUCGUGGUCACCUCCAUGGACGCCCGCCUGAACUCCCCCAUGUACUUUUUCCUCAAGAACCUGUCCUUCCUGGACCUGUGCUACUCCUCGGUCAUCGCCCCCAACGCCCUGGCCAACUUCUUCUCCCCGUCCAAGGUCAUCACCUUUGCCGGGUGUGCCACCCAGCUCUUCUUCUUCUCUCUACUGGUCACCGCCGAGGGCUUCCUCCUGGGUGUGAUGGCCUACGACCGCUUCAUGGCCAUCUGCAGCCCCCUGCGCUACCCUGUGACCAUGUGCCCUGCCACCUGUGCCCGCCUGGUGCUGGGCACCUACUGCGGGGGCUGCCUCAACUCUGCGGUGCAGACCGGCCUCACCUUCCAGCUCCCCUUCUGUGGCUCCAACCACAUCGACCACUUCUUCUGCGACGUGCCCCCCCUGCUGCAGCUGGCCUGCGCCGACACGGCCCUCAACGAGCGGGUCAUGUUUGGCGUCUGUGGGUUCAUCAUCGUGGGUGUGACAAUUGUGGUCCUUGUUUCCUACGGCUACAUCGCAGUGACCAUCCUGCAUAUGCGCUCGGCAGCCGGGCGACACAAGGUCUUCUCCACCUGUGGCUCCCACAUGACUGCGGUGACUCUCUUCGUUGGGACUGUGUUUGUCACAUAUGCCCAGCCAGGGGCUGUGCAGUCCAUGGAGCAGGGCAAGGUGGUCUCCGUCUUCUACACGCUGGUCAUCCCGAUGCUCAACCCCCUCAUCUACAGUCUGCGAAACGAGGACGUGAAGGAGGCCCUGCGGAGGCUGGGCCAGAGACACGCAGCCACCUGA